AGUUUAACUCUGAUCUUCCUCCUAUCCAGUAGUAAAGAUAAGAGUAGGAGAAGAUGGCGGCACUUAGAGUGUUAAGAAUAUGUAGUGUGAUUCUAAUGAGUUGUCUUGUUUGGUGUUCUACGAAUUGCAGAGCCCUGCAGCAGCACACAAACUGCUCUUCUUCUUGUGGUACCAUUCAAAACAUCCAGUCCCCUUUCCGAUUAGCCGGUGAUCCCAACUCCUGUGGUCAUCCAGAUUACCAACUUUCGUGCGUACAAAACCGCACCUUUCUACCUCUCAACUCUAAGCAAUAUUUGGUUCUUUCCAUAAAUUAUGGCAACUUUACAAUACGAAUUUUGGAUCCCGGUCUUGAAAGGAACAACAAUAAUAACUGCUCGCCUUUCCCCCAUUAUACUCUGAUGGACGUCGGGGACGUGCCACCACAAUAUUUGAAUCCUUUUUGGGCAGAAGCCUUCCCCACAAUAAGUGAAAUAAACAAUCCUGUCAUAUUCAUCGUCUGUAGAAAUCCAGCACGAUCCACCUUAUAUGUCAACAUAGAUGCCAGUGGCUUCUGCGGAAAUAACUACUCUUUGGGUUACUCCCAUUCUUACGCCUUAGUUGGAGAUGGUGAUGAGUGGGCGAGGAACAAAGCAAUUGUGGGAAACUUAGAGGAUUCAUGUGCCAUGAUUGGGGUUGCUUGGAUCUCAUCAUCUUUGUCUUUUCAUCAACUCCGGGACGCACUGGCUUGGGGAUUUGAUCUCCCAUGGUUUCGUUUCAACUGUAGUGCCGAGUGUUUACACAAACAUGACCGCGAUUGUAGGUAUGACUACAUCAGCGCCGCAACCACCUGCUUCAGAUAUGGCUAUUACUGCUCACUUCAGCUCAAGCCUUUUGAAUUCCGCUUAACACCCCAGUGUCUAAAAUACAUAUGGCAAAAUGAACAAAAUGAACUAAGAAGACUCAUCGGUGCCAUUGCAUCGGGAAGAUUUCUUUUGGGGUUAUUGUUUCUAUUCAGCAUAGUAUUGUAUAAACUACGGCGGCGGCACUUGUCUGCUUAUCACACCAUUGAAGAAUAUCUAAAUGGUCCAAACAAUCACCUCAUGCCAAUAAGGUACACCUACUCUGACUUAAAAAAGAUGACCAACAAUUUCAAGCACAAAUUGGGUGAAGGAGGCUAUGGAAUUGUGUUCAAAGGAACACUUCGAAGUGGCCCUUUUGUUGCCGUAAAGAUGAUGGGCAAAUCCAAAGCCAAUGCCCAAGAUUUCAUAAGUGAAGUUGGGACAAUUGGCAGGAUUCACCACACCAAUGUUGUGCGAUUGAUUGGCUUUUGUGUUGAGGGCUCAAAGCAUGCACUUAUAUAUGAAUUCAUGCCCAAUGGAUCCCUAGAUAAGUACAUAUUUUCAAAAGAAGAAAGUCGUCAUUCCUUGAGUUAUGACAAAAUGUUUGAGAUCUGCAUUGGAGUUGCUCGCGGGAUUGAUUAUUUGCACCGAGGUUGUGACAUGAGAAUUCUACAUUUCGAUAUCAAACCUCAUAAUGUUCUUCUCGACGAGAAUUUCAGUCCUAAAAUUUCCGACUUUGGUCUUGCAAAAUUAUAUUCCACUAAAGAUAGUAUCGUGCCACUCACCGCAGCCAGAGGCACAAUGGGGUACAUGGCACCAGAACUAUUCUACAGAAGUAUAGGCGGGAUUUCACAUAAAGCCGAUGUUUAUAGUUUCGGGAUGUUAUUAAUGGAAAUGGGAGGGAGAAGGAAGAACUUAAAUCCAAUGGUGGAGCACACAAGCCAAAACUACUUCCCUUCAUGGGUUUAUGAGCGAUUCAAGGACGGGAAGGAUAUGGACAUGGAUGAUGCAACCGAGGUGGAAAAGAAGGUGGUAAAGAAGAUGAUAAUAGCGGCAUUUUGGUGCAUACAAAUGAAGCCUAGUGAUCGUCCAUCCAUGAAUGAAGUUGUAGAGAUGCUUGAAGGAGAUGUUGAAGUAUUAGAAAUGCCUCCCAGGCCUUUUCUGUGUGCCGAUGAUCUCCCAACAGAUGAUGAUGAGAUUACUACCUCUACUUACACUGAAAGCACAGAAUUAUCGAUGUUAUCAGGACAUCCCAUGCGUUCUGAUAGUUUAUAGAUGCGUGAAA